AUGACCGACGGCGAUAAUUCACACCCCCGACUCCCAGAGGAGACCAAUAGGAUCAUCUCCUACAACCUUCCAACCUACGAUGGCUACGAAUUCCCAACUGUCAGACUCAGAGAUACUCUCACAGACCCCUCCAAAACCCCACUAGCGCUUGUCGCAUGUGGUUCCUUCUCCCCGAUCACCCAUCUGCACCUCAGAAUCUUUGAGAUGGCAAGCGAUUACUGCAAGCUCGAUACCAAUUUUGAGGUCAUGGGAGGUUACCUGAGUGCUGUGUCGGAUGCUUACAAGAAACAGGGUCUUGCGCCGGCGAAGCAUAGAGUUCACAUGUGCCAAGUUGCCUGCGAACAAACAUCUAGUUGGUUACAAGUCGAUACAUGGGAACCGUUCUGCCCGGAAUACCUCCCCACCGCUAAAGUUCUCGACCAUUUUGACUACGAACUGAAUACCGUUCGGGGUGGCGCCAAAAUCGUGGAUGCAGAGGGCAAGGAGAUCGGCCGGAAGCCGUACAAAAUCGUAUUACUCGCCGGAUCCGAUCUAAUUAUGACGAUGAGCGAGCCGGGCCUCUGGGCGCCGGAGGAUCUUGAUCACAUCCUCGGUAAAUACGGUGCCUUUAUCGUCGAACGUGCAGGCACGGAUAUUGACGCCGCCCUUGCAAACCUUCAGGCCUGGAAAGAAAACAUUUACGUUAUCCGUCAGUUGAUCCAAAACGAUAUCAGCUCGACCAAAAUCCGAAACUUCUUGAAACAGGGCAUGAGCGUGUUGUACUUGAUCCCUGCGAGUGUGAUCAAUUACAUUGUCGAGAACGGGCUAUAUGUUGACGAGUAUAAUAAGAAAAUCGAGGAAGCUGAGAAGAAGGUUAAGGCUGAAGAGGAAAAGAUGGCAGCGAACAAAGACAAGCAGGCUGUUGACGAUAGGGUUAAGGAUAGUGAUGCAGACAGUGGAGUUGAGGCUUGA